UCUUCGUGAAAGAAUUUGAAAGGUGAUCGAAUAUUGUUGAUAAGAGGAAAUUCAACUGAGUAUAAAGUGCAAGCUUGGUGUGUCACUCGAUGUGGGGGAUGCUGGGGUAAUCGUGUGCGGAUGAAAGUGUGACUUGUGCUGAGUUUCGAAUGAUGAGAAAGGAAUGAUCUGACAGUGUUGAUAUUAGAAGUGCGCGAUAGUCUUGCGCCGGCGAAUGAAUUGCCGAUUGAAAAGUAUUGCGCGGAAUGAAAGUGGCUCGAGCUCCGAGUCAGUCGUGGGGAAUUCGGAAAUCGAGUGCGUGAUCAUUUUAUAGCUCACUGAUUGUAAGUGUGAAGGAGAGUGAAGUGGAGAGAAUCGAAGAUGGUUUCGCGGUGCGGAUUCUGCAGCAGGGGGGGGAGUUUUGGCGGUCUUGUAUUCCUCAGGUGGACGAUAGCGAUACCCAUCGUCAUAUAUUUCUCUCUGUUCUUCGUGAAUUACAGUAAAAGAAUGCCGUUGAAGAGUCUCGAGUCGUUGGAAGAGGCGGUGAAGAAUACCGGCGAAGCACUUCAGCUCCAGAGUAUUUCUUUUGACGAUCGGCUGAGAACCUCGUCCACUGGUGAAACCAAGUCCGAGAGUAAGCCGGUUUUUAAGAAUUCGAAGAAAAGAUACGAGCACGUCGGCAUCGACCGGAGAGACGAGAAACUCAUCGAGGAGGUUGAAAAGCUCGAGAAUCUCCAGGAGCCCAAGGAUUUACUUACUGAAAUAUUUCAAAGGGCAGACACUGACGGUAACGAACUUCUCGACAUCCGGGAAUUGGCCAAAUGGAUACACGCCAAAAUCAAGGAACACGUCAACAGAGCCAUGACCGAUAACAUCGGCCUCUUCACCGCCAUAGACAAUAAUCCCAGAAAUGGUGAAAUAUCCUGGGAUGAGUAUCACGCGCACUUUUUGAAAACCCACGGCUUCUCCGAGGAGUACAUAAACUCACACAACAAGCGGCAUCCCGAGCUGUCGAGGACCCUGAAGGAGAGCAUAAUGCGUGACAGAGCAAGAUGGGCUGAAGCCGCGAGGAAUGACCCGGAGCGACUGGCUCUCGACGAAUUCCUGGCCUUCACGCAUCCUGAAAGCAGCCAUCGAGCUCUGUUGCAGAUGGUUGAGGACCUUUUCGAGAAAUUUGAUCGCGACGGGGACGAGCAGCUAACCGAGGACGAGUUCGCCGGUCUGCCGAGCGACGGCGUGGGUCUAGACCUCGGUGAUGACCUCGAGAAACCGAUUCCAGGUAGCGACGACCGGCGAAAGGAGUUCAAGCACCUCAUCGACAAGAACAAAGACGGGCGAGCGGAUCGCGUCGAGCUUUUGAUGUACAUCGAUCCUAGAAACCCACGUCACGCAAUUCAAGAGGCACAGCAGUUGAUUGCACUCUCUGACACGAACGAGGACGGGAACUUGAGUCUCCCGGAAAUACUGAACAAGAUCGAUUUGUUCCUCGGUAGCAAAAUGGUCGACACGGAGAAAAGCUUUCACGAUGAGUUCCGAUAAUUGGUGGGGAGCUUUUUUUCUCUUCACUUUCGUUCGAAGACGACUUCGACCCCACAAGAGGGAAAUAUUGGAACCGUUGACCUAGAAGUUAAUCGGUUCAUCAGUCAUCGUCGCCAUAUUGUGCCCGAGCACUGGACGCCAUUCUUCCUUGGUCUUGGCCAGCGAUCUUUAACGGGAAUUCCAAUUACCGACCGAGCUGGUAAUGAGAAAAUACUGGUGAUGGCUGUCCGCACGCGUCUGUAAAAAUAAUUCGUCUGUCCUGUAGCCUAUUGAAUAGAAUUUAAUGAUAAUAAC